UGCAUGCAGCAUAACAAGUCUACAAUUUGGGGGAAAUAUACUGGCACACAGUGAUGAGGGUCAGCACACAAAUUUUGUUUGCAUGGUUGCUGUUCUGCAGGACCCAAAAAGGACCUGCUGCAGAUACAUCUGUUCCAUCAUCUUCAUCAUCACCACCAUCAUCAUUCUCAAACCUUGUGACAGCCAGGAUUGGACAAGCCAAAACCAGUCCUGUAGUCGAUACAUCUUCAUCACCAAAAAACUCCACCUCAACUUAUUCUUCUGCCACAUCCCCAUCUACCAAAGCGCAGCCCACUACUCUAGGGCCUGACCCAACAUCUGUGACCCAGACCACACCAGCCACCAUCACAACCACCACAGCUACCAGCAGCAUCAACAGUAGCUCUUUAAAUACAGAAAAUGUCUCUUUCAACCAGAAUUCCUCAGGUAUACUGUUGUGCUGUGCAGUAACAGCCGUAUUAUCUUUAUCACCAUCCUCAACAACAACCAGUGUUGUUGACAUCACAAAUCCAACUCCAUCUACAAAAGAAUCCACCAGCAACACAGCUUUCACCCCAACAACAGCCAGGAAUGAGGAAAGCAGCACUUAUCACCUGACAACUUCAUCAGAAGCCUUUUCUACCUCCUCUUCUUCCCCUUCAUCAUCCCCGUCUUCCACAUAUAUCCCAACUUCAGACCAGGAUUCUAGGACCACCGCCACCAGCAUAACCAGCCCCAGCAACAACACUAGCACUACACAAACCAGCACUGCAACUGCCACCCAGCCCAACAGCACCACCAGUUCCAACACCAGCACUACUAAUAGCACCAACACCAGUACCACCACCAGCGCGACUACUUACAAUAGUACCAGCACCAACGGCAGCACCACCAGUUCCAACACCAGCACUACUAAUAGCACCAACACCAGUACCACCACCAGCGCGACUACUUACAAUAGUACCAGCACCAACGGCAGCACCACCAGUUCCAACACCAGCACUACUAAUAGCACCAACACCAGUACCACCACCAGCGCGACUACUUACAAUAGUACCAGCACCAACGGCAGCACCACCAGUUCCAACACCAGCACUACUAAUAGCACCAACACCAGUACCACCACCAGCGCGACUACUUACAAUAGUACCAGCAGCAACGGCAGCACCACCAGUUCCAACACCAGCACUACUAAUAGCACCAACACCAACGGCAGCACCACCAGCACCACCACCAAUACCACCCAAACCACCACCCUGGUAGAAGAGGGACACAAGUCUGAGGCUCUGAGCUCAGGAAGUACUGCCGCCAUUGUUUUUAUGUUCAUCUUACCUGUCAUCCUAGUGUUAGGUGGGGUGUACUACUAUAAGUUCCGACGUACAUCCUACGGUCCUCUUCUGGACAACGAGCACAGCACUUUGGGAAACUUCACCAACCCAAUGUAUGACGCCUGAAUUGUAACUUUUCACCUUGUAAACCCAAAGUCCUCAGUCUGCAGAAGGAGCCAUUGUGAUGUAGCUUGAUUCAACUCAACUGCAAACUGCCAAACAAAUCUGAUUGUUUCUUUUGAUCUUUCUUCAAGUAGCCUCAUUUUUAUUGCUAGGUACAGUAAACAUGAAAGGAAAUAAAAUUACUCAGGUAGCAACAGCGCAUAAUCACAUUACCACCACAGAAAGGACAGGUUAAAUCACAGCGCAAAUAAGUGUGUUCAUCAGAGGUGUCGUGAAAGUACAGAAGGAGCAGAUUAUGUGAACUCAACCAGGUUGUUUUAGUAAAAAAGCUUAAACAUAAUCAAAACUCUACUUUGUUGUAAAUAAGAUGAUUAAAAACAGUAUUAAGGCGUGGCCGAAGACCUGACAAUCUGCGAGCUGCAAUGGAUAAAAAGUAUUACUACAGAGAACAGGGCUGUCAAAAUUUGUGAUUUAUAAAGUUAAAAAAUGCUUAAUUUUCUGCAAGAAUACACAUGAAGUGCAAAUAAUGUACAGUAGAUUUACAUCAUGACGCAAAAUGUUUCUUUUCUAAUCAUGGACUGUUCUCACAGGCACCUGCUGAGAUACUUUUUCAAUGCUUAAACUUGGACAUUAUGAGAUUUUCAGAAUUUCCUUUAAACCGGGAAGUAUAGACGGGUCAACAUUACCUAGGACAACCAAGAAAGGAGGCUAACGUACAGAAAAUGUUUCAUUCAUUAAUUUUCAACUGUGGAAAAGUGUGUUUUUCCAUCCAGAGACUUAGAUCACAUGCAUUCCGUUAAAAAGUUAAAAUGACUUGUUUUCAUAUUACAAACUGAACAGUUCCGAGGCAGAGGAAGACUGGAGCAAAAGGUUCAAGUCCUUUGCUGAGCCUGACCUUUGACCUCCCUGUGGAAGAACCAAAAAAAACUUUCCUUACUGCAGACAUUUGUAGGCAACCGGAGUUCAUAGGAAAACAAAUCAGAAAAUCUCACUUACAUUAAAUGUGGCCAUAAAAUGUGGGGUGGGGAAUUGCGUCUCUAUAGCACCUGAUCAACUUCAACUAUUAUUUUGUUUGUUUUUUAUCGAAUGUUAUUUAUGUGAUGCUUUUUUUCAUGUUCUAGUGUGAUUUUGCUCUGCUUAGCAGCUCAGGCUGCAUCUGUGAUUGUAAUUGGCACUCCUUAAGUGUUUGAUAUAGUAUUGUUUGCAUUCAGGUGAAGAAUAAAGUGACUCUUUUGAUGUUUUUGACACAAUUAUUUUGUGUUAUAUGAUUGUAUUAAAUUGUUUGUGGAAUAAAAGUGAAUAAGGAAUGAA